UUGGCAUUCAUUCAUUACUGAUCUUCUUCACUAGUUGGCAUAUGGCUCUUCUCACAAUAACAUCUUGUCCAUUCACAUCUUCUUCUAGCUCUGAGUUCAGUUUCCUAAACAAUGGGAGGAGGUUAUCCGUUGUGGGUAAGCGGCCAAUAGUGCCUUGUAUUCAUAGGAAAACAUCUUCACCUUUGGCAUGCAUCAAAAACAUUGAUGAAGAGACGAAGGCUAGUGAAGUGGUACCAAUAGAUACUUUAGGAGCAAAGAGCUUUCCUUAUGGUUUCACCUUUGGGGCUGGCUCAGCAGCUUAUCAGGUGGAAGGAGGAAUUGAUGAGAGGGGGCUGAGCUUGUGGGAUACUUUUGUUCGUGAGCACCCAGAAAAAAUUGCUGACCAUAGUACUGGUGAUGUAGCUUGUGAUGAAUAUCACAAAUUUAAGGAAGAUGUUAAACUAUUAAAAGAUGCAGGCAUGGAUUCCUACAGGUUCUCCAUCUCUUGGCCAAGGAUUCUACCUAAGGGAACACGAACGGGUGGCAUAAAUUAUGUGGGAAUCGAAUAUUACAACAAUCUUAUCAAUGAAUUACUACGUAAUGGAAUUAAACCUUUUGUGACAUUAUUCCAUUGGGAUGUUCCACUAGAACUUGAAAAGGAGUAUGGAGGCUUUCUUAAUUUAAAAAUCGUGGAGGACUUCAAGGACUAUUGUGACGUUUGUUUUUCUGAAUUCGGGGAUAGAGUAAAGCAUUGGGUUACAUUAAACGAGCCAUAUAUCUUUAGUACCAUGGGAUAUGACUCUGGCAGGAUGGCACCCGGGAGAAGCUCGAACUCUGGUGGUGAUUCGGCAAAAGAACCAUAUACAGUUUCUCACCAUCUUAUUCUUGCUCACGCAAAUGCUGUUAAGCUCUAUAGAGAGAAAUUUCAGGAUAAUCAAGGAGGAGAAGUGGGAAUUACAUUGCAAUGUCAUUGGAUGAAACCACUUACAAAUUCAAGCGACAAUGUUCAAGCAGCGGAGAGAAGUUUAGACUUCAUGCUUGGAUGGUUUAUGAAUCCGAUUGUCAAUGGGGAUUAUCCAUUCAUAAUGAAAGCUUUGGUUAAGGAUAGACUUCCUUGUUUCACAGAUGAAGAUUCAAAGAUGAUCAAGGGUUCAUAUGAUUUUAUUGGAAUUAACUACUACACUACAAGAUAUGCAAGUAGCCUUCCAAUCUCACCAUCCGAUAAGCCCAAAAAUAUUGAUUCAGACACAUACGUUGAACUUAGCGUAAAAAAUUUGGAUGGCGAAUUAAUCGGAGAACAGACACCAAAUAAAUGGAUUUAUGUCUACCCUGACGGAAUCAGAGAUCUGUUAUUGUAUACAAAAAACAAGUACAAUGAUCCUGUAAUCUAUGUCACUGAAAAUGGAAUUGCUCAGUAUGACGAUGGGAAACUCUCAGUGCAAGAAGCUUUGAAUGAUGAGGAAAGAAUUAAAUACCAUGCUCUUCACUUGAGUAAACUUGAAGAAGCCAUUAGGUUGGGGGUGAAAGUGAAGGGUUACUUUGCAUGGGCUCUUAUGGACAACUUUGAAUGGAGUAGCGGCUACACCAUAAGGUUUGGGCUGACUUAUAUUGACUAUAAAGACGGAUUAAAGAGAUACCCAAAAGCUUCUCUCCAGUGGUUCUCUAAGUUUCUCAAGUCCUAGUUCUUAUAUAAUUAGUCAAAAGUCCUAUAAAUAUAUAUAUAUAUGCUGUGGCAUGUCAAUAAGGAUUACUGGAAAGAUCUUAUGAUGUUUGCAUCUCGAUGUACUUGAUAAAUAUAUUCUUCUCAUGGGUAUUAAUGGGAAGCUUUUAUGAUGAAAA